AUGGAGUUUGAUAAACAUAAAUAUAUAAAUGUCUAUAUUUGUUUCAGGAACAUGCGUCAGGUGUGGCUGGCGGAAAGAGCCCUAGCCGAUCCCGCAGCUGUGCCACCCAGACCAGUCAGGAUGCAUUUCGUCGAAGAUGCGGCCCGGGAUAGGGGCCGAAACAACCUGCCUACCGCAAAUGAAGUUGCGGCCGUGUUCGUAGGUGAAGGUGGUCUCCCUCCCAGACACAUCAAUCUGGUCAUCUACGACACCAAUCCAAUCGACCAACAACGGAGGACCCAAUUCAUAGUUAGUUAG